AGAAAUAUCCCGCAUUUUUUUUAUUACUGAAUUCCUUUUUGUCACAUAAUGAACCCAGCAGCAGCAGCAGCAGCAGCAGCAACACGGUGUUUUCCGCUUCUUUUCCUCCUCCUCCUUACACUUGCUGCUGCCUUCACAACCACCCAUGCGUACAAACAACUCUCCGACGACGCCCUCACACACAUGGCUGGCCUCAGUGCAUCCGUGGACGAGUUCCAACCCAAUGGCGAACGCCUAAAGCCUUUACUCGUGCCACGUGUAGCAGGGACACCCGAAAACGCACGAGUGCGACAGUCCAUUGUCGACCAUUUCCAAACAUUGGGCUGGCAUGUCGAGCUGGAUCCAUUCAAUGACGAAACACCGCUUGGCACCACAUCGUUUACCAAUGUAAUUGCCACAUUUAACCCUGAUGCGAAACGACGGCUGGUCCUGGCGGCGCAUUUUGAUUCAAAGUAUUACGAGGAAUUUGAAUUUAUCGGAGCAACCGACUCGGCUGUGCCAUGUGCGGUGCUGAUGGAUAUUGCAGAAACAUUGAACCCGAUCUUUUCAGCAGCAGCAGCAGCAGAUGAUAAUAAUGUCACUCUGCAGAUGGUGUUUUUUGAUGGUGAAGAGGCGUUUGUCAGGUGGACCGAUACGGAUUCGAUCUAUGGUGCAAGACACCUGGCAGAGAAAUGGGAAACGACCUAUGUCGUCGAUCCACCGAUGCAUACGAUCAAAAGCGAAAACGAACUCAGCCGGAUCGACGUGCUGGUCCUACUCGAUCUUCUAGGCACUCCCAAUCCGACAAUUCCAAACUACUAUCGUGAAACGAACUCAAUGUACUAUAACCUCGUGCGACUCGAAGAACGACUUGCCAAGCAAGGUCUUUUGGAAACGCACUCGCUCAAAGAUGAGGGCCAAGCACUCAGGUCCAUCUUCAACCCACAGUCAGCCAUGACGUUCCAAGGACGCAUGAUGGGUGACGACCAUGUUCCCUUUUUGCGUCGCGGGGUCAACAUUUUGCACAUCAUUCCUUCGCCCUUCCCAUCCGUCUGGCAUAAUCAGGCGGACAAUCAAGACUGCAUCGAUCCAGCAGUCGUGCGUAAUUUGGCAACCUUGUUUCGUGGCUUUGUGAUGGAAUAUCUGGAACUGUCGAUGUAGAUCCUCCUCGCCUAGUGAUAGAGUGUGUAUCUAGUGUAUGAAUCGUUAUAGUGUAAAAACCUUGGCUGCUUAUAUAUCGAAUUGCGCCAUUUUAUCUUUUAAAGAGAGAGAAACAUUGCUCAGCCUCUUUUAUCACUUGUUUGAAAAAAAAAAGCCUUAGUAUCGUCACUGUACAUCAUUGUACUUGCAGUUAGGAAAGAAAAAGAAUGAUCUCG